AUGGCCUCAGACGCGCUCGUACCAGAAACGCGCGUGCUUGCAAUCGCCAGCCAUGUAGUCCAUGGAUAUGUCGGCAACAAAAUGGCGACCUGUGUCAUGCAAGCCAUGGGCUGCGACGUCUCCGCCAUCAACACCGUCCACUACAGCAACCACACAGCCUACAAGCAGGUCAAAGGCACAAAGACCACCGCGGCCGAACUCGAACAGCUCUACGAAGGCCUCCGCCAGUCAAACCUCACCAACUUCGACGUCCUCCUGACGGGCUACGUUCCUAGCGCGGAAGCAGUCCGAUCGGUGGGCAAGAUUGGAAGAGAUAUCAAGUUCAAUUCUGGCACAAAGCCGGGGAGCUUCUUUUGGGUACUCGACCCCGUCAUGGGUGACAACGGAAAGCUUUAUAUCCCCGAAGACGAAGUACCAGAAUAUAAAGCGCUCCUCCGCGAAGCCGAUCUGAUCCUGCCCAACCAAUUCGAAGCAGAAACACUCUCCGAAACGCCCAUCCACGACCUCAACUCCCUCGCCCAAGCCAUCCAAGUCCUGCACACAACCUACCGCGUCCCACACGUCAUCAUAACCUCUCUGCGUCUGACGAGAGACAACCAGAUCCCCCCCUCCCGGCCCGUCACACAACCGCACACGCCCUCCACUGAACCCUCAGACCCGCUGUCUUCCUCCUCCUCCUCAACACUGCCGCAGAACAAGCCCGCAGCCUCCCAACCAGGAAACGACGAAGUCGUUGAGAACCUAACGAUCAUCGGUAGUACUGCUACCUCGGACUUCAAACCGCGCUUAUUCCGCAUUGACACGCCCGCGCUCCCGCUGUUCUUCAGUGGAACGGGGGACAUGUUCGCCGCGCUCACGGUGCCGCGGCUCAUAGAGGCUGUGGAGCAGGCACCCGCUGAGCAGAAUCUGAGGGCGACGAGCAGCUGGCGGAGUCGGGAUGAGGUGGCGGCAGAGGAUUUGCCGCUGGCGAGGGCGGCGCAGAAAGUGCUGGCUAGCAUGCAGGCGGUGCUUGGUAAGACGGCGGAAAGUUGUAAGCAGGCUAUGGACGUGUACGACGCGAGGAUUGCGCGCGGAGGUGGGGGCGAGGAGAGCGAGAAGAAGCGCCACUUAGCGUUGAUGAAUGCGAGUGAAGUCGUAGUACCGCGACACGUGGAUUCACUCAUGAACCCGCCGGAUCUGGAGAGGUUUAGGCCGCGCGCGGUGAGGGCAGAGGUGGGUGGGGUGAAGAAAGAAAGCAACGAACUCGGCGUAUUACAUCUUGGGAUUGGGAAGAAAGGGGAGGGUGCAGUACAAGUCGAGGUUGAUGAGAGCGAGGGGAGUGGGUUUGAGAAGUUGGAGAGGCCUGAGGCCUGAGGGGGCGGGGAAAGCGCAGGUUAGGACGAGGGAUGUGGGUGAUGUGACGAGAGAGGAGAAGGGGGGAGAAGGCCGAAGCUAAGCAGACACAAGCCCAGCACGCAGGCGACGCGUCGAAGGCGGGCGAGAGCGUGAAGGACUGAGCCCAUCCUGGGACGAGCAGUCUUACAUAGACACAGAGCCCAUCAACCGAAC